UGGCCGCUAGGGAACGGAAGGAUUUUGUGUGCGUGUGUUGUACAGUUUGUUGUGACGUCUUCUCCAUCAACAGUGAGCAGUGGUUGUGUAAGGGACACUGAGAGAGAGACACACACAAAAUUAGUUUCUCUCUACCAUAGAUUUACGCAUUUAGUUGUUGACAGCUUUGCUUUUCGAGCAAAAUGUUUUGUAGACGGUUUUGCCAGAGACUCGGCCCAAUUGCUACCAGAGUCUUCACUCCCACUUAUAGAAAAGCACCAGUGCGACACAUGGCCUUCGGGGUUCCUGGUGGCUCACCGAACAUGACGUACGUAGUUUUGUGUGGGGGAAGCCUCACUGCUGCAGUUGUCUAUGGCUACAAGACGAUCAUUGGUGAUAGUGAACGCUAUGAGGAAAGACUCGCCAACAUGGGCUCCACAGCAAAGGUGGAAGCUUCAUCAGCUGAGCCAGUGACAGCUGCUGCUGAACCUGCCCCAGUCGAGGAGCCGGUGCUGCCUGUGGAAUUGGUUGCUGAGACAGCCACUGCUGAACCUGCCCCAGUCGAGGAGACGGUGCUGCCUGUUGAAUUGGUCGCUGAGUCAGUCGCUUUACCCGCAGAGCCCGUAGAUGAGAGCGCUGUCGAGCCCGUUGUUGAGAAUGCGACAACCGAAGAUGUCGGAGCGGUUUCCGAGAUCAUUGCCCAGGAUGAAGCUGAGCCAGCUGCGGUGGAAGAAGCUCCAACAGUAUUAGCUGAAGCUGCUCCUACCUCUGUGGAGAUCAUAACCAUGGAGGCGACCCCAACAGAGGCGCCUGCAAGUUCUGAGGCAGCAACAGACCUUCUAACAGCUGUUAAAAUACUGGCUGGUGCCACUGAAAUUGCAGCAGCUUCUGUUGGGGAGUCAAGUUUGGUCAGAGCUGUCCGUCACAUAGAAGAGGAUGGAAAAGCUUUGGACUCUGUGUUGGAAGUGUUAGAAUCUGAAGUCCUUGAGAGAACCGAAGAACGCGCAGCUAAAGAACCCUCAGAUGAAAUGGUUACUGUCAUAAACGAAGAGGCGGCAGACCGUGCAGUGGUUAGUGGGGAUGAAGAGGUGACUACUGAAGAUAAAGUUUCUGUAGAAGUAAUUUUAGAGGAAGCCUCAUUCCCAGCUUCUGACGAAGAGGAGGAAGUUCCUCCUGAUGAAGCUGCACCUUUGGGCCCCACUGAAGAGAAUGCUUCAGGAAUACAAGCUGAAGAUCAGAAUCCAGCUCCUGAAGAAGUUGCACCAUCUGCGGAUUCGUCCAUCACUGCCGAAGCUCAGGUGGACCAAGAGCUUCCUGCGGCUCAAACGGCUGUAGAAGAGGGUGCUGAAGCACCGGCGGAAGAGACAGUCGCUACCUUGGAAGAAGAAUGCACCACUCAGCCUCCGGAACCUGAAACAGAAGCAGAGGGGCUUUCGGAACCUGAAUCUGGGUCAGAAGCAGAGGGGCUUUCAGUUGCUGAACAAGAGUCCAAUUGCCACCAUGAUUCCUUGGCAGAGGUGUCGAAUUCCGCUGUUGAUCAGCCAACUGAAACUGAAGAGAACUCAAGUGAUGAAUCAGCAUCAACUGAAGAGGCAAAAAGUCCAGAGGCAGUAGUGGUGGUGAUGAGCCAGUCCUGAAGUGACGGUGUGCCUUCCACUUCCCUCGUCAAACCUGGACAACCAAAAAAUACAAAGAAAUCUAGAUUUAUAUCAUUCAAAUGUGACCUUUUGACUUGUGUUAUUAUCCCAACGUCUUUUAAGUAAUCCAGUAAUUUACAUGUUGCUUUUAUUUUAGUGCAGUUUUAUCGUAUAUCCACUAGAUGUCACUAGCCAUUUUCAUUUAUGAAACUAAAUCUAUCUGUUUAGAAUCUCAGUUUGACGUAGAACUACUUUAGUUCAUGUGUCCUGUGAUUUACUAUAUUCAUUUUAAGUGUCUUUUAUAUUUAAAUAAUGACUUACGUGCAACAUACAUCGUAGUUUUGAGUAUUAUUAUUGAUAAUAUGAUGCAAAUGUGUUUUAAGAAAACAUUAGAGGACGACAAAGAAAUGGG